AUGUCAAUAACGCGAUUUAAACUCGUGUUUUUCUCCCCAAAGGAAAGCACGAGCAAGAUUUUGGACCACCUCUUCCGCGCCUGUCCAAAGACGCUAGGCAAUAUUGGAGAAUAUGAGCGAUGCGCGUUUGUCACGCGUGGAACUGGUCAAUUUAUGCCCAAGCAAACUGCGAAUCCAACCAUUGGGUCUGCUGGUCAGUUGGAGUUUGUAGAAGAGGAUAGAGUCGAAGUGCUCGUGAGCGAUGCGACAAGCACUAGGGAAGAGGUGAAACAGGCUAUAAAGGAGCUUAAAAAUAUUCAUCCUUACGAAGAAGUCGCGUACGAUGUUUACAAGCUCGAAGAUCUACGAAGACACCGUUUUAUCCUGUGCAGCGCGCAUACAUAUUAA